AUGGCGAUAUCGGGCCCAGUUGAUCCAUCAGUACUUACGCUUCAAGCGACCCACAGGAGCUUAGCUGUGUGGGGGGGCUCCACUACCCAGUUGGUGGAUGACAGAGUUUUAGAGGUAGUGAAAUUAGUUGGUUUUAGUUACAAUCACAGGUUGUUGGGCGGGGGUUUAGAGCUUGAUCGAGCUCUUAUCACUGCAUUAGUAAAGAGGUGGAGGCUGGAGACUCAUACAUUCCACCUCAUGGUUGGUGAGGCAACGAACACGUUGCAAGAUGUGGCAAUUAUACUGGGACUGCCCAUUGAAGGACAGGCAGUGAUUGGUCAUGGAGAGGGACAUUGGCCAGCCUUAGUUCAUGAACUACUAGGGGUUUGGCCAGAGAACCCUCAAGACCCCACAUAG